UUGGGUUGAUUAGAUAACUGGCAGCACCUGGCCGACGCCGCGUCCUCACCACUGCGGAACACGAGCGGCCUCGGCGGGUUUUUGUUUUUUUUUCCGUCUUUGUGGCCUGGCGCGAUCACACGGAGGGCACGCACGUCGUUUUAACAUGCUCCGAGCAGAAAGCCCGCUUUUGCUUCUACUCGUUGCCGCGCCGCUGGCGGUGAGCUGCCGUGGCACCGAGCACGCCGCUGCGCAAGGUGCCGGAGGCGGUGAGAAGGCCGCGAUUGUCAAACUGGAAGCAUUUGAUUUCACCCUCAACUCGACCAAUAUGACUCAUUUCGCCUAUGGAAUUGCUGCAAAUGUAGUUGCUCUACUGUUGUAUGGAAGCAACUUCGUUCCCGUCAAAAGGAUCGAGACAGGAGAUGGAAUGUUUUUUCAGUGGGUAAACUGUGCGGCCAUAUGGGUUGUAGCCAUGGUUGGAGACUUGAUGCUUCAGUCGCCCAAAUUCCACCCUUUUGCAAUGCUUGGCGGUGCGAUCUGGGCUACAGGAAACAUAACGGUGGUUCCAGUUGUAAAAGCCAUUGGCCUCGGUCUUGGGAUUUUAAUGUGGGGAUCCUCUAGUUUGCUGAUGGGCUGGGCCACUUCAAGAUUUGGCUGGUUUGGGAUCGCUGCCCAGGAUGUUUCCAGGCCAAUAUUAAAUUACUGUGGAGCUGGCUUAUGUCUGCUCAGUGGGCUGAUCUUUCUCUUUGUGAAAGCAGACGUGGAGCUGCAUCCCAAUUCAGAAUCGAUUCCAUUACUUAUCGACAGGAGAACAAACUCAGACUGUUAUGGACCAAGUCCCUCUGAGUUCUGGAUAGACGUCAUCGGACCGAAGACCCGGCGGUUCAUAGGCUGCCUGCUUGCUGUUGUGUCGGGCCUGCUCUAUGGUUCCUCCUUUACGCCGAUCCUCUACAUCAAGAGCCAUUCAUCAUGCCAUGACAGCAUGUUCCAUGGAGCCAGCGUCUACGACCUCGACUAUGUCUUUGCGCAGUGCUCGGGGAUUUUUGUCGCGAGCACCGUGUACUUUGCCAUCUACUGUGCUGCUAUGAAUAACAGGCCCAGGAUUUACUCCAGAGCCAUCCUACCAGGUCUACUCUCUGGACUGAUGUGGGCAUUAGCUACAUACUGCUGGUUCCUGGCCAAUAACUACCUGAGCGCAGUCAUUACCUUUCCCAUUGUGACUGCAGGAUACGGUCUGGUUGCAGCACUGUGGGGAUCCUUGGUGUUCAGAGAGAUUAAAGGGUUCGCCAACUGCUUUAUCUUCUCCUUGGCCUCCUGUGUCGUCCUGACCGGCUCCUUGCUGACUGCCAUCUCAAAGCUCUGAUAAUGCAGGCGCCUAUCGAUGGGAAAACAUCUAGCGAUUUGUCAUUUUCCUCCAGCUCCCCCGAUCGACUCAGAAAAUAUUGUCCUCGGUUUUAUUAAACUAUUUGAGUCCCAUCAGAUUAAAACCCAAAUGCAUGAUAGAUGAGCUCAAUGUGACUUGCAAAAUGUCAUUUUGAACCAACAGGGUUUAUACUCUGAGCUAACAUUGGGUGGCAGUGUCUCACAGGAACCCCUCAUCAUGCUUUCUGGUUGGAGGAGAGGAAGUUUGCGUUUUUUUUUUUGUUUUUUUUGUUUUUGUUACAAUAUGUAUUUGUAAUUGAAAAUGUUCUGUCACUUGUGCUUUGUUCAGGUGUUGGUAACAAAAUGCCCAUACAACAUGUUUAGCACAUUGCUCACUACUUAAGUUGUUUCAGAGGGAUUGUCAUACAGAGAUACUGUGCACUUCUAUUUAUACUAUACAGAUGGUGUGUGUGUGUGUGUGUGUGUGUGUGUGUGUGUGUGUGUGUGUGUGUACCCGUGCGCGUGUGUCAACACUCGACAUUUAUUUGUAUUGUUGCAAGAUUCAGCUAUUAAAAAUAUUCGAUGACAUUGUU